GGAUAACAUAACAACCGUCAACCAUCAAGAUUCAAGUGUAAAAUACAAAUUGUAAUUGCCAAAUUGCAGCAGAUAGUAUUGUUUAUAAUGUCUCAAGAUUUCCUAAAAUGCCAAUUGGGUUUCUUAGGAAAUACAGAAGGAUCUGCAUAUCUUUCACAGGGUAAGACUACUGUGUCAGUUUCUGUAGUAGGACCUUUUGAACCAAAGGCUAGUAAAAUCUUAUAUGACCAAUCGAAUGUUGACGUAACAUUCAGGAAAAAAACCGGCAGCAUAACUGUGUACGACAAACUACUAGAAAGCAUAAUACAAUCGACUGUAGAAAAUGCUGUUGUUGUACACCAAUACCCAAGAACAACUAUUGCUGUUACAGUCCAGGAAAUGCAAGAUAGGGGCAAUCUGUUAUCCGCUAGUUUAAAUGCUUCUUGCUUAGCAUUAAUGAACUCUGGUAUUGCCAUGCAUCAUUUGUUUGCUGCGGUAAGCUGUUCGAUUACAGACGAUGAAGAAAUAAUACUUAACCCUGACAAAUCACAAAUAAAAGAUUCACACGCAUAUAUAACGUUAGUGUUUGCCAACUCCGACGACCAAAAGCUUUUGUCUUCAUACACGAAUGGCCAGUUUACACCUUCUACAUACUCUCGGUGCAUGAAUAAAUGUUAUUCUGCCAGUAAAGAAGUCUUCAAUUUUUAUGUAAAUUUAAUAAGUACAAGUGCUGUAUUUAAGUAAAAUAAGUGUAUUAUUUGUACCUGCUAUGUUUCCUAACAGAAAAUACCUGUUAUAUAUAUUUUGUAAAAAAAAAACUGCUUAAAUUAUAAAAUAUAAUUCUUUUUUUUUA